AUGCGUGCGGGCGGGGAGGCGCCGCACCAGGUGCUGGGCCGGCUGCGGUUCCUGCUGCAGUGCAGCGAGUGCUUCCGCCGCGCCCGGGCGCUGCCCGCCGCGCUCUGCUACGUGCCGCGGGAGGUGCAGUACAAGAUCUGCAAGGACCCCACCGCCGCCGCCGCCGCCCGCAGCCUCCUCAGCGUCUGGGACAGCCCGGGGCCGGCGAGGGGCGGCAAGCGGGCGGCGAGGGCCACCAUCGAGGUGCGGAAGGGCGGCUGCCUCCGCGCCACCGGCGAGGAGUACUGCAACGGCGCCGGGCUCUGGGUCAAGCUCAGCAAGGAGCAGCUGGAGGAGCACACGAGCAGCUGUGACCUGGCUGAGGGCUGGCUCCUGGCCCAGAGGUUUGGAGAGGGAGGAGAUAAAUUGGUCCCGGUUGACUCCGUGGAGAAGAUCCAGUGGCAGCGCCAAACAUUCGGGGUUGAUUAUAAACCCGCGGCCAGCUGGGAACAAGUGGUAGACCUGACCUACUCCGUGCGCCUGGGAGAGAAGCCCAGACUCUUAGAGCAGGAUGAGGCCGCGGUGCAGAAAUUUCGGUCUGUGCCCCCAGGCUGGAGCUACGAGCGUGACAUGGAGUUGGGACGCUUCCUGUAUGAUCACAGCGAGAGGGAGCUGCAGGGUGUGGACUGCACCAAGGAACACCUCAGCAGCAUUGAGGUCUCCUCUCAGAUGGAGGACUGUGGUGCAGCCAAUCUGACGGACAACCAGACAUACAACUUCUGGGAGAGCAACGGGCCCCCGGGGCAGCACUGGGUGCGGCUCAACAUGAAGAAAGGCACUAUUGUCAAGAAGCUGUGGCUGAUACUGGACGGGCAGGCAAGCUCCUAUAUACCCAGGCGGGUGGCUGUGUACGGGGGUGCACUGAACAGGCUGCAGCACCUGAGAACUGUCCUAAUUAAUGAGGCUCCCUGGGUGCAGGCUAUGUCUGUUCCCACAAGCGUGGUGGUCCCCCGCCUCCAUGUGCCAGCCAGGCAUUUUCAUCUCCACUCCUGCUCCUCAUCUGUACUGCGGCAACUGGUCUGCAGUGUGUUUCCUCCUGCCUGGAACAGCUACCACAACGUCUGCAUCCUCCGCGACAUGAAGAUCCACCUGCCGGUGCUGGAGAUCCGCAUCCUGGAGUGCCGGGAUGAAGGGUACAAUGUCCGCCUGCGAGGGAUUAAGAUCAAGUCAUUCUGGGAGUGGGACCUGAUCCUCAAUGCUGACAUGUUCCAGCCAGCCCGGCUGGUGCGCUACCCUCUCCUGAAAGGGGUGGAUGCCGAUGUGCUGUACCGGCGGGCCGUGCUUAUUCAGAGGUUCGUCCAGCUCCUGGACAGUGUCCUGCAUUAUCUGAUCCCCCUCUCUGAGGACAGCAUCGGUACCUUCAAUGCGCUCAGUAGCAUGAAGCCAUUCCUGAUGCUGUGCAAGCAGAGCACAGCCCUCAUCAUCCACUGUCUCCAGUCCUCAGAGAGCACCCACCCUCACACCAUGCCAAAGCUGUACAUCAACCGGCACCUGGCCCGGGAGCACCGUGCCAACCCUGCGCUGGACCCCAGCUGCAGGAACACCGUCUUCACCCAGCUGUAUGAAGGCCUCAGAUCUUCCAAGAACAAUCAGCCCCUGGACUACAGGUGGCCCCGGAGCCACAGCCAGUGGUGGGAGUGCGAUUUCAUCACCGAGGGCAUCGUGGACAAUGGUGGCGGUUUUCGGGACACCCUGUCAGAUAUUUCGGAGGAGCUGUGUCCCAGCUCAGGUGAUGUCCCUGUGCCACUGCCCUUCUUCGUGCGCACCUCCAACCAGGGUAACAGCAGCAGUGAUGCCAGGGACAUGUACGUCCCCAACCCCUCCUGCAAGGACUUCCCCAAGUAUGAGUGGAUCGGGCAGCUGAUGGGAGCAGCCCUGAGGAGCAAGGAGUUUCUGAUCCUGGCUCUGCCAGCACUGGUGUGGAAGCAGCUGGCAGGGGAGGAGGUCAGUUGGAGCAAGGACUUUGCUGCCGUGGACUCAGAGCUGGUGAAUCUGCUGGAAGUGCUGGAGGGGGUGGACAGGAAAGGCUUUGAGUUCAUGUUUGGCAAAGAGGUGACCUACACAACAGUGCGGAGUGACCAGCGCGUGGUGGAGCUGAUCCCUGGUGGCAGCAGCAUUGUGGUGCGCUACGAGGACCGCAAGGAGUUCAUCCGCCUGGUGCAGAAGGCUCGGCUGGAGGAGAGCAAGGAGCAGAUUGCAGCCAUGCGCGCUGGGCUGCUCCGCGUGGUUCCCCAGCCUGUGCUGGACCUGCUCACCUGGCAACAGCUGGAAAAGAAGAUCUGCGGGGACCCUGUGAUCACAGUGGCUGAACUGCGGAAGUUCAUCACAUUUGAGGACUUUUCUUCCAACGACACCUGUGUGCAGAACUUCUUGGAGGCACUCAACAACUUCACCAGUGAGGAUCUCAGCCGCUUCCUCAAGUUCGUCACUGGCCGGAGCCGUCUCCCAGUUCAGAUCACUGUCUUCCCAGAAAGGUCGAACUUGAAUGCGUUGGACCUGAUGCCACAGGCCUCUACGUGCUCCUGCAGCUUCUUCUUGCCCAACUAUUCCUCGGCCAAGGCCUGUGAGGACCUGCUGCGGUACGCCGUGUACAACUGCGUGUCCAUCGACACCGACAAGGAAGCCUGGGAUGAAUGAGGCCCCCCAGGCACCCCAUGCUGUGGGAGCCACCUGCCCAGGAACCCCAGAUGCAAUAAAAUUGCAGGGUCAGAUCCUGCC